AUGCAUUACUCGAAACUCGCCUACGCUCUGGUAGCGAUCCAACCAGUAGCAGCGCACACUGCCUUCACUACCCUCUUCAUCAAUGAUGUAAAUCAAGGUGAUGCAACUUGCAUACGAAUGUUCCACGACCCGGAGAGAGCCACGGAUCCCGUCAACGACUUGUCAAGUCCCGACAUGGCGUGUGGAUUCGAUGGCACAGUCGGAGUAGCUCGCGUCUGUUCAGCUCAACAAAACUCCAAGUUGACCUUUGAAUACCGCAUCUGGCCAGAUGCCUCCCAGCCUGGUACUUUGGACCCGAGUCAUAAAGGUCCUUGUGCGGUGUACAUGAAGAGCACCGGCUCGGCUGUUUCAGACAAGGGAACUGGUGAUGGAUGGUUCAAGAUUUGGGAUGAAGGGUAUGAUGCCGCGGCCGGAAAAUGGUGUACGGAGAAGGUGAUUGAUAACCAGGGAUUGUUCUCUGUGAAGGUUCCUGAGGAUCUUGCUGGUGGGAAUUAUCUCGUGCGAUCUGAGUUGAUCUCGCUUCAGCAGGCGGAUAAGUCACCUCCUAACCCACAGUUCUACGUUGGCUGCGCGCAGAUUUUCUUGGAGUCCAAGGCGACGACUCUACCACAGGAUACGGUCUCCAUCCCUGGAUAUGUCACGAUCAAUGAUCCUUCUGUCUUGUUUAGCAUCUAUGAUCCGAAGCCAAAACCUUACACCACUCCUGGACCUCCAGCUUACCAGCCGGGUGUGAGUGCUAGCACACAAGUCACAGCCGUGACUCAACAAACCGAAGGAUUACUUCCUGCCGGGACAGUUCUUACAAAUGGAAACUGGGCUGGGACGGAAGUCAAAUCUUACACGGACGAAAAGGGAUGUAAUGAAGCGGCUGCCGAUUGCUGGAAAGAGUCACAAUCUUGUUACGAUACCGCGCCUGUGACUGGCCAUGCCAACUGUGAGAUUUGGGAGACGAAGUGUGAGGGUAUUCGAAGUGCUUGUGACUCGAAUUCGUUCCAGGGGCCACCGAGUUCUGGGAAGAUGCUCACGCCUGCUUCGAAGAAAGUCGUUACUCCUGCUGCCGUCAAUGAAAGGUCUUCUUCCAGCAGCUCCUCUUCGACAAAAUCUGUUCCUGCUAAUCCACCUGUUGCGGAAAACCAACCUGUAAGCCAUAUUCCUUACACUCCUUCUAUUUUUCCAGUUCGAAUGUUUGCGUCUCCCUCUCCUUUUCCUUCUCGGUCUCAAAACGCGCAUGCGAUGUUCACGUCGCCUCCAUUACCGGACGAUGAAAUUAUCACGAUCCCCGGCUCAACAACCACGACCACAAUCUGGACUUCAACAACCAUCCUCUCCCUUCCUCCCGGUUCUCCCCUCCCAACAGGCUGGAGUAGUCCUCCUCCACCUCCACCUGCACCCUCACUACCGAAUCCCGACCCAGGACCCCCUCAUCCAACCAUACUAAAACCCACACAGACCGCUCCUCCCCCCUCAGAUCCCGAUGCCACCUCGCCUACGCACGUGGAGACCGAUAAGACGGCCGAGUGCGGGGAGGGCAAACAGAAGUGCGAGGGUGAGAUAAGGGAUUUGUUUGGGAGCUGUUGUAGUGCGCAUGGGUGGUGUGGACGGACGAAGAAUCAUUGUGGGAGGGGGUGUCAGGGUGCGUUCGGGCAGUGUAGACAGGUUAAGAGGGAGGGACGGUGGAUUGGGAGGUAG